GGACAUCCCUAUUUUAAAUACAAACCAAUUCGAACAAAUAAAAUAAAAUAUUAUUUCAUAAGUGGCUGGGAAGUAAAAACACUCCAAAAUGAACAUAAAUCUACCCCAUUUCAACAUGAAGAACCUGGUGAAGGAGGCAGGCAGCACAAUAUCGCGUGUGGUGCAGCUGACCGAGGAGAAGCUUGGCACCACCGAACGCACCGAAUACGACUUGCAUUUCCAAAAUCUUGCCGAGCGUGCCGACGUGACCAAGACAUGGACGGAGAAGCUCGUGAAGGACACAGAAUCGGUGCUCAUACCGAAUCCACAGAACCGUGUCGAAGACUACAUAUUCGAAAAGAUAGAAAAGUCGAAGCCCAAACGAUUGAGUAACCUGGAGCACUUGGCCUUGGACAUGAUUGAGGCCGGCGGGGACUUUGGACAAGACUUGCCCUACGGCCAGGCCCUGAUCAAGGUCGGGCAGGCCGAGCAGAAGCUGGGCCAGUGCGAGCACGACUUCAUAGCCACCUCGGGCAUUUGCUUUACGCAACCGUUGCGCAAAUUCUUGGAGGGCGAAAUGAAGACGAUUAGCAAAGAGCGCGGCAUCCUCGAUACGAAGCGCUUGGAUCUGGACGCCUGCAAGAACCGGGUGAAGAAGGCGCGCAGCAUGCUGGGCCAGCAGUCGAAAGAUGGCAUCUCGCCAGAGGCUGCCUUAGAACAGGCAGAGCGCGACUUGCGCGUGGCCCAGGCCGAGUUUGACCGCCAGUCUGAAAUAACGAAGCUGCUGCUGGACGGGAUAAGCACAUCGCAGGCCUCCCACUUGCGCCAUCUGCAUGCCUUUAUCCAGACGCAGGUGCGCUACUACAAGCAGUGCGGCGAUGUCAUGGAGCAGCUGCAGCGGGAACUGGCCAACUUGGGAGGCCCGACACCAUACAUACCGCUCGACCAGAGCAACGCCAGUGCCAGCAAGUCCAACGCACCGGGCGGACCAUCGGCAACCCGUGCUGGUCCGGGCAACAAUAACAGCAGCAGCAGUCAGGCAUCAACAGGCCACAGGCCGACCAAUCAGCCCAUGCACGUCAACACGGAUCAAAUGCAGCGGGCACGUGUCCUCUGCUCAUAUGACGCCAAGGAUCACACCGAGCUUAAUCUGAACGCGAACGAGGUCAUAUUUGUCACCGAGUGCUCGCCCGUUAAUGAGGACUACAUGUACGCAAAGCAGGGACUCAUGAAGGGACUCGUGCCGCGGGCCUUUGUCGAAAUGCUCGAUGAGGAGCACGACGUCACCCUCUAAGGCCUCAAGGCUGGCAAUACAAAUGCAAUAAUAAUCUCAACCAAAUACUCGUAUGUUGGACAAAAGGAGAGGAAAGAGAUACUCAAACGAUUAUGGAAUGGAUUGAUGAUGGAAUUGGAAUGGCAAUUGGACAAUUAUAAAAUGCGGCCAAAUGGCAUUUGGCACUAGCAAGAGAGUACAAUAAUUUAUCAGAAGAAAUAUAGAUACAUACAUACAUGCAUACCACACAUAGUUAUAUACAAGGCAUAUACAUACAUGCAUGAACAUGGUAUUAUAGAGUAUACAUAGAGCAUCCUAGCUUAGGCCACGUUUACACCCUCCUCCGAAUCUCAUCCUUGCCCACGCCCACGCAUUUGCACAGCACAGCCACGCGAACUGCAAUAAUCGAAUGAAUCGUCGUUAGCUACUUAAACAAUAACUCUAAACUAUAAACUAUAAACUAUCAACUGAAUGCUUGGAAAACGAUUCUCAACUUUAUUAUUGUUACUGCGUAUCACAUAUCUGUAGAGAAGGUGUUGUAUGUUUAAGCUUCUCCCUCCCUCCACACUCGUGAAAGUAUUAUAUUUGUGUUAUGUUUGUCUCCAGUUGCAACAAACGAAAUUCACUGUGCUUUAAACUAUAUAUAUCCUAUAAUUAUAUAUGAGAUUGUUAAUCCUAUUUAUCUACAUAUUGUGCUAUUCUCAAGUGUUUCCCAUUUAAGCUAAUUAGUAUUUAACGUGAAUUUAAUUACUUAUUCAUUCCUUCUGCAAUUAAUUAUGUUGGCAAACGCAAAACCCUUUGGUGCAAUUUUCAAAAGUCAAUUAAAAUGAAUGUUGCCUCACAAAUCUAAGUGAAUCCUACCCAAAAAUUAAGAACAAACAAA